CAAUCUCACUGUUCUUAGCCUCGUUUUCAUUUGCACGAUACAACAUGGCGUCCACUAGUUUCCAUCUGCCAAAGGCUAGCUCAAACACUCAACAACAAAAUGAUCUAUCUGAAGAAAGAGAAAGGUCACGCAGAUCAGUUUUUGUUGGUAACAUCCCGUAUGAAGCAACUGAGGAAAAUCUCAGAGAAAUCUUUGCACAAGCUGGACCUGUCUUGAGUUUUCGCCUUGUGUAUGACAGAGAAAGUGGGAAGCCUAAAGGUUAUGGCUUUUGUGAAUACAAAGAUCUUGAGACUGCUCAAAGUGCUAUGAGAAACUUGAAUGGAGUUGAACUUCAUGGAAGGAAUCUAAGAGUAGACAGUGCUGCAAGCGAGAAAAACAAAGAAGAGAACAGAGAGCUAGAGAAAGAAGUAUCUCCUUAUGGAAAAGAGGUAAGCCCAGAUGAGGCUCCUGAAGCUAUUUCACAAGCUGUUGCUAGUCUGCCACCAGAACAGAUGUUUGAACUCAUGAAGCAAAUGAAGAUUUGCAUACAGAACAACCCUGAAGAAGCAAGGCAGAUGUUGCUACAAAAUCCUCAGCUUGCUUAUGCUUUGUUGCAAGCCCAAGUGAUCAUGAAGAUUGUUGAUCCAAAAGUUGCCCAUGCUGUGUUGCAUCAACCAAGAGCUGAUCCCCUGCCAGUUAAACCACCAACUAGUGCAGCACAGACUCCAUCUAGUGCACCAGUGUCUGGAUCAGGAAUGGUGCCUCCAUCAAGUGGACCAGGACCAGUGACAAGUACAAGUCAGGGCUCAUCUGGUAGGCCAAGAGAUGCCUCUCAAGGUAUGGCACCACCUGACGGAUGGAGGCCACAAGAGGAACUGAGACAGGACAUGGACAUAGAUGUAAAACGAGAGUUCCGUGGCCCUCCUCCAAUGGAGAUGCGUGGUCCAGAGAUAAGGGGACCACCAGGGCCUGAAAUGAUAGAUCCCAGGGAGUUUAGGGGUGGGCCACCACCUAUGGAUCGAGACGAAAUGCGAAUAAGAGAAAUGAGGGGACCACCACCGGAUAAGGAGUUCCGUGAAUUUAGAGAUGAUCGUUUUCAUGAGUAUGGUGGGCCACCAUUUGAUCAUCAACGGGAACGAGAGAUGCGAGAAAUUGGUGGCCCAAUGAUGGAGAGAGGACCAGUGGAUCCAAGAGAGCGAGUUCCACCUCAAGGGAUAGAGCCAAGAGACCCCCGAAUGAGAGGUGAGAUGCGCGGCCCAAGCGAUCCUCGAGGACAACCACCCCAAAGAGGACCAAUGGACCAAAGGGGACCGCCGCCAGAAGGUAGGCCACCAAGUGAAAUUCGUGGUCAUCCAGAAUCAUGGGGACCGCCACCCGAAAGAAGAGGUCCAAUGGAUCCAAGAAUAGCAGGGGAGCCUCGGGGAAACCAGCGAGAUGAAAGAAUUAUGCGAGAAGGGAGACCUCCACCACCUGAAAUGCGAGGGGGUCCGCCAGUUGACCCUAGAGACCCAAGGGCGCAAGCCAGUCAGCGAGCGGAACAACGAGGAGGGCCACCAUAUGAGAGAUGGGGUGGUCCUCCAGAUUCCAGAGGGCCACCACCUCACGGUGACCGCCGAGGAAUGCCGCCUGAGAACCGAGGGCCACCACGUGGUCCACCUGGUCCGCCUGAUCCAAGAUUCAGGCCUGGACCUGACCAAGACAGCUUCUAUGAUGGUAGACCACCUCCAACUUCACAAGGUGGUCCAGGCCAUGAUGGCCCACCUAGGGGACCAAAUGGACCAGGUGGUGUGAAGGCACCGCAAAGUGACAAUCCUCAGUUUCAGCAGUGGUAGAUGAACUGUUUUGUUUAUUUUUCGUUCAGAGCAAGCAACUUGAAUAAAAGUU